AUGUACGGAGCAUCCUUGGUGAGAAAAGAGGCUACGGUUCUUUUGGCAGAAGUGAUGAACAUUCACAGAGACAGCGAGGCUGUCGUUCCUGUCAGUAUUGUGAACUUUGCUGAUUACAAAAUAUACAAGAAAGGUAGAGCUGACGCAAGAAUGAAAGGAUGUGGGCGUACGAACCGUGCCUCGCGUAUCGUGGGAGGGAAUCUAGUACAGCCUAAUGAGUACCCGUGGCAAGUGGCUCUCUUCAGGAACAACGAAACUGCUCCGUAUUGCGGGGGUUCCAUCAUCUCCGAUACCUGGGUUCUUACGGCUGCUCAUUGCUUGGUCGGAGUCCGUCUAGAAAACCUGGAAGUUGUCAUAGGAGAACACGACUGGUCGACGUCAGACGAGACGAGCAUCACAAGACGAAUAAAACCAAAAUUCAUAGUGCGGCACGAAGGCUUCUCCUUUAGAAAACCUGUAGAACAUGAUAUCGGUCUCGUGGAAUUGGACGAACCACUCGAUUUCCCAGAAGACAAUUCCGUGGCCCCAGUAUGUCUUCCUCGGCCACAUCUGAGUCAUCCGAGGACGAACGCCAUGGUUGUUGGAUGGGGAGCCACAGAGAAUUUUGGCGGCCGUUCGAAAAUCUUGAGAUUUGCCAACGUCAAGACGAUGACCAACGAGGCUUGCCAAGUGCUUGUCGGAUUAACGGGCGGCGUCACUCCCAACACGAUUUGUGCUGGCCAUCUUUUCAGCGGUGAGACCGCCUGCUAUGGCGACUCCGGGGGACCUCUGUUAGCCGAAGGCGAAGGAUGUGGUGGGAACUGUCUGACGAUUAUUGGAAUUGUGUCUUGGGGGGCUUUCUGUAAAAUUGGUGCUCUCCCGACAGUCUAUACAAGAACUAAUCGCUAUCUCGACUGGAUCAACAUGUUCAUCAAGAGAUCAAAUGCCUGCCAAGUUUAGAGUAGAAGAAGCCGAUUUCAACUAGGAUUAACUGAUGGAUUGCUCUAGUAUUAACAAAGGCACCAGAAUAGAAUAGGUGUUUAUAAUCACACACAUUUUAGUGUGCUCAGGGUAAAAAUCACAAUUUUUUAAAGUAAAUUGUAAUUUUCCUAACUAUGCAAACCUGAGGUCCUUUACUAAAGAAUUACUUUUCGCAUAGCUGGAAUUACGGCCGUUAAAUUCUUGAACAAGGUGGUUAGGCAGUAACUACCGUAUGGUAGGCGGGUAGGCCCGCCUGCCUGGAUGUAAACACUCCACUUUGCCUUUCGGCCCAAGUUCAAAUUGAGGGGUGGCAUGAGGUGGGCAUAAAUGUAAAGGACCUCUGGUUUGUAUAGUUAGAAAAAAUACAAUUUACUUUCAAAAAUUGUGAUUUGUUCCUACACGAUAUACAAACCCUCGGUCCUUUACAUAAGGAAGACUCACUGAUUGGUGUGAGGAAUGUGAUUGAGCCUCUAGCACUGACUGGAGUUCUGCACACCUGGGCUAUUCCUCCUAGUCGUAAGAGAGAGGACAAGUGCCGUGCCUCUGACAACUUGAUCGGAUUAUAGGAGCUGCAUGAUCAAGAGUCAGACUUCUGGGCCUUUUCGAAAUGAGUGAGGAAUCGUAACUCAUCCGAAAAAGGACUGGGAAGAAUAUUUUAGAGUCGGAGGCAUUAGUGCAAAGUUCUGGAAAGAUUUUGCAUUAUUGCCAGUCUCCUUCCUCCCCUUGCUAGAGGAAGGAGCAGGAUUGCUUCUAUGAUUCUAAUAAGGAAAAUAGAAAGGAAGCUCGAUGUGACGAGACUUCUUUGGGGGGAGACUACCUUCUCCUUCUUUGGCAGGGAGACUUAGAAGUCGAAGGGGUGGAGGCUGAUGAAAAUAUGAUGAUUCCAAAGAGGAAGAUGACGACACUUGAUGAGCUCUCUUCCUCUUCGACUUCUCCAAAUUCUACAAGAGUUCUUCUACAGGAUGAGGUAUAUUUACCAGCAGGAAUAGAAUUAAUAAUCACAGGGCAGCGGCGAAGGCUUUGUCCAGUGACGUUACUCCAGGAUAGCAGUGGUAAAUUAAUAUAAUUUCCAGCAGGGAAUCAGUACACACUCGAGGACCAAUAUCACAGCAUGCUACGAGUCACAGGUACAAUUCCAAGGUUAGGAAAACCAACGGAAAGAGAUAUCCAACCAUCUACUGCUGUAAUCACUAUCACCACUGUUAGCCUGUAAAAGAAAGAAAAUAUGAUUUAAAGUAAUAAAGAUACUCCUCUCGCAUCCAAGGGCACCGCCCUCCGAAAUGAGAGGAGAUCCCCCAAAACACCAACACCACAUGCCCCCUCUUCUACCUUUGUCCAAUAGCUAGCGAAAGGACAAAGGAGAAGAGGAAUUACCAGAAGAAACAAAGGACAAAUAAAGAUGUUGGCAUACCUUUGCCGCCGACCCUUAACACAAAGUAGAAAGGCAGUUAUCAAGGCUAUCACAAAAAGUGGGUUUGCAUAUUAAUUAUUAAAUUCAAAUAAUUAUUAAUAUCAAACACAUUAUACACAUAUUUAUUCAAAAAAUAAAAAAUUAAAGAUCCCACCGGGAAAAUGAUUAACGGCUAGUCAGCAAGAGCUAACAAAGAUAAGUCUUCAUCGGUAGACGGACGAAAGCAAAGUGGAGUGUUUAUAUCCGGGCAGGCAGAUCUACCCGCCUACCAGACGGUAGUUACUGCCUACCCACCAUGUUCAAGAAUUUCAUGGCUGUAAUUCCAGCUACGUGGAAAGUCAUUCCUUAUGUAAAGGACCGAGGGUUUGUAUAUCGUGUAGGAACAAAUAAAAUUUCAAAUACCUCAAAGGAAAGAUUUUUUUUCAUGUUCUCAUGAGUUCCAUAUGCCACUUUUUUUUCUUUCAACUGACAAAUAGACACUCACAGGUGCAGUCAAGAAUAAUCUGAUAACCUUUAAUCCAAGAUAGAAUAAAUGAUGAUGUUACAGUGUGUGAUGUACGCAUAGAUAUAGUUCAAAUUAGAUUUCUCAAAACAAGGUUUUAAGUUUCGUCUUUCUAUCUGAGAUGAUACAAGGGAUGUGUAGUAGGCUCUCUCUCUCUCUCUCUCUCUCUCUCUCUCUCUCUCUCUCUCUCUCUCUCUCUCUCUCUCUCUCUCUCUCUCUCUCUCUCUCUGCUGUCUAGUACCCUGGUUUCUAUUAUGAAGUUCACUUUGUAAAAGUACAGAAGGCAUCUCUACUGCAAACUUAUUGCUAAGCUCGCCUUUUUAAUAUACUACAGUAGUUCCACGCAGCAAAUUCUUGCAGAAGUGUGCUGCCUUGCCCUACAUUCAGUGCAUCUGUCCUCACAAUCUAAGUCCCAUUGAAGUCUGGUGCUCCUUCAUUUUAUUGAAUGUCAUUAGUUAAGGUUCAUUCUACCAUCCUUUGUUUAGUCGUGCAUUCUUCACUAGGCUGGUCAACAGCACUAUUAGACUUAUGUAAUUGUUCAAAAACUUCCUAUAACCAGUUGAAUUUAGGAAUGAUCUUACUCCCGUCUUGGUCAUUGGUUGUCUGCAUAAAACUUCAUUUCAUCUAAAGUGACCCUGUUUAAAGUUGGCCUUAUGUCUGAGGAAUUCCACUUUGCUCUACCUAUCAUUGUAACAUUUGGAAGGUCAGUCAGUCCUACUUCCUUCUCUCUGGGAUUAGAUCAUUGAGUCCUACAGUGUGCUCUUCCUAUGAGACAUGGUGAGUCAAGAUGUCAUCCAGAAAAUGGUCUGUACUCCUGGCUCGUACUGGGCAUCGCUGCGGAGUUGAUUAAUCCAAACAGCAAUUUCUUGAACUGGUAACUCAACUUAAACCGUGAAUGUUCUCUUCUUUGAUGCUUCUUCCAUCAGGAUCUGAUAAUGUCUAUUGCUCAAGUCUAACCUUUGGGAAAAAUCAAUUGUUACAAAGUUUCACCAUCAUAGCCGUGGGCUUUCCUGUGGGUUCGCAGUUGCAUUCAGUAGAUGGUAGUCAACGCAGAACCUGUUUGAUCCACCCUUCUUCCUCAAUAUCACUACUGGCAUACACUAAGCCGAAGCUUCCAUCGAGAUCUCUUUGUCUUUCUGGAUUUGUUCCCUGGUAGCAUAUGAGAAGGGACACAUCUUUACUCAAACACGCUGCUCUGUCAUCACUUUGAUAAGUUGUUCUCCCAGGGAAGACCUUCUUGGGUUGCUGGUGUAGACGUCUUGGUAUUCCUCCAGCAACUGCAACACCUGAUCCUCCUGAUGCUUGCUUAAGUUGCUACUAAUAGCGACAUCUCCAUACAUCUAUUCUUCUUCUGCAACUGAAGUUCCAACCAGUUCCUUCAUGGUGGUUGCAUUCAGGCAUCUCCCUUCUCUGAAUGUAGCUGCUGCCACUGCUCACUCUCAUGGUAGCCAGUCAAGGUGUUUGCAUGAAAUGUCUUCAGUUUUCUGGCACCAUCAAUUUUAUAGCACAUACAGUUAACACUUCCUUGACUUCAUAAGGCCUUCUCCAUGCAGCAUGCCUGUUUGCCUCUGUUGGUAGUAACACUGGCACUUUCUGUCCCGCCUUACCCCUUAUCAUUCCAUGGACUAGCUGUACUAGAUGUCAAUCUUGUGUUCCUACUAUUUUGUGUACCUACUUCUUGGUAUUAAAUUUAUCCUUUAUGUAUAUCAGUGCUCCUAUAAUUCAUAAUUAUCAACUUUAUUCUUUUAUAUAGUUAAUACUUAAUCCCUUCCAUCCUAAAUCACCUCUGCCUGAUAAAUAAAAUCACAAUAUUUCCGUUUCUCACUUCCUCCUGGCCUAGUUCAGUGGCUAUAGGUAGUGAUACAGAGCUCUACCUUGCCUGCCAGCUUCCAAGGUCAUCCUUUAAAAUAGCUUUGUCAAAAAACUGUUUAGACAGUACAUCUGAAAUAUUAGACUGCUUUGGCACUUGCUCUUCAAAGGAUACCUAAUAGACAUCGAAGGCAGUGACGAAAAUUAAGAUGCAUGAUAAUAAGGUUACGAUGAACAAGGAAAACAAUGUUUGUUUGAUAUCAUCAUUUUCUCGCGAUCUUAAAUGGAAAAAUAAAGUCUGCAAUAGUAUGUAUGUAUAUUGCUAUAUACAAGAAACUUUCGCCAACUUGAUCAGUUGGCCUCUUCAGCCUGAAUAAACAUAGAAAUAAUAUUACUUACAUGAAAACAUCCAUCUUUGAAAAAUGGAAGUGAUAAAACAGCUAGCUAUUCUCUCAGGUAACUCCAGAAUUGUUCACUAGUCUAUCAGCAAUUCUCUGGGAACGCCAUGGCACAGUAGAGGCUGGUAUAUUUAGGUAGGUUUACGCGUACGCACUUUUUUGUUACGGGCAGUUACGGUGUGGCUCCGCAAGAAGCCACCAGAAAGCGCACCAAAAGAUAAGGACAGCGCUGGCGGUGUUUGGCUCGGUCCGCCAAAGUCGUACGGAGCCGCCGGGUUUUUAAACUUUUUCAAAAUCUUGCACGGCGUCUGGCGGCCUGAUGAAGUCGCACGAAACCGUAAGUGGUGUGGCAUGGCGCCGCAACAAAAGAGGUAAGAACCCACACAGGUCGCACAGUGCCGCACCCCACUGCACCAUGUGCGGCCUAGUGUGGGUUCAUACCUCCCGUGUGGGAGUGUUACGGCGUGAUGUUACAGCGGCGUAUGGUGCCCUUACGGCGCCUUCAUACACGAUUAAUACAUGGCGCGCGCAUGUUGCGGGGUGUGCAGCGUGCAUGCGGCGUGUUAUGGCACCUCCCUAGAACAAUGACCCCGACACAACGGAGUGAUACAAUAACACGAACAAUGUAUAAAUAAAUACACAAUUUUUUUCCUACUAAUAAAUGUUUUUGU